CCUCCUCUCCAGAUCUCCUCCUCCUACGUUACACAGUUUCUAAUUUCAAAAAAAAAAAGAAACAGAAAAUCCAAUUUGUGAUUAUAUUCAAACGAUCGAUUCUCAAACUCGUUUUAUUUUCUCGGGAAAAUUACAUAGAGAGAAAAUGGCGCUUCGUUUACCGCAUCAGCUCGGAGCUCUCGCCGGAACUCCGAUCAAGUCCCGUGAAAUAACCACCCCGUCGGCGAAUUCAUCUCUAUCGGUUUCACCACCGUCGGCGAGGGUGCAUAAAGCGAUGAACCUGAAUCACAACAAGGCUCGCGGAAUGAAUCCGGUUUUAGCAUUCGCGGUGGAGACGACGGAGGAGCGAAGAACGCACAGAGAAGGAGGAGUUCCGGUUUUCGUGAUGAUGCCGCUGGAUAGCGUGACGAUGGGGAACGCGGUGAAUCGGAGGAAGGCGAUGAGAGCGAGUCUUCAGGCGUUGAGGAGCGGAGGUGUGGAAGGGAUCAUGAUAGAUGUGUGGUGGGGUUUGGUGGAGAGGGAAGCUCCGGGAGGUUAUAACUGGGGAGGGUACGAGGAGGUGCUUCAGAUGGCGAGGAAGGUGGGGCUAAAGGUUCAGGCUGUUAUGUCUUUUCAUCAGUGCGGUGGUAAUGUUGGUGACUCUGUCUCUAUUCCUCUGCCUCAGUGGGUUGUUGAAGAGGUUGACAAGGAUCCAGACCUUGCAUACACUGAUCAGUGGGGAAGAAGGAACCAUGAGUAUAUAUCACUUGGUGCUGAUACACUCCCUGUUCUCAGAGGUCGAACACCCGUGCAGUGCUUCUCUGAUUUCAUGCGUGCUUUCCGAGACAACUUCAAGCAUCUUCUGGGAGACACCAUUGUGGAAAUCCAAGUGGGAAUGGGACCAGCAGGAGAGCUGCGUUACCCUUCAUACCCCGAGCAGGACGGGACAUGGAACUUCCCAGGGAUUGGAGCCUUCCAAUGCUAUGACAAGUACUCAUUAAGCAGCUUGAAAGCAGCAGCUGAGGCUUAUGGGAAGCCAGAGUGGGGCAGUACUGGCCCAACCGAUGCUGGUCACUACAAUAACUGGCCAGAAGACACUCACUUUUUCAAAAAAGAAGACGGUGGCUGGAACACAGAGUACGGAGAGUUCUUCCUCACUUGGUACUCCCAGAUGUUGCUAAAUCACGGCGAGCGGAUCCUUUCCUCAGCCAAAUCAAUCUUCGAAAACACUGAUGUCAAACUCUCAGCCAAAGUCGCCGGAAUCCACUGGCACUAUGGGACACGCUCACACGCCCCUGAGCUCACGGCAGGAUACUACAACACAAGGCUCAGAGACGGAUACCUACCCAUCGCCCAAAUGCUAGCCAGACACAGCGCUGUAUUCAACUUUACCUGUAUCGAGAUGAGAGACCACGAGCAGCCUCAAGACGCGCUUUGUGCACCAGAGCAGCUAGUGAACCAGGUGGCUUUAGCCACUCUAGCUGCAGAAGUUCCUCUAGCUGGUGAAAACGCGUUGCCUAGGUACGAUGACUACGCCCACGAGCAGAUCGUCAAGGCGUCAGCGCUGAGCUUUGAUCAGGACAGCGAGGGGGGAAACAGAGAGAUGUGCGCGUUUACUUACCUGAGGAUGAAUCCCGAGCUGUUUAAGGCGGAGAAUUGGAGGAGAUUCGUAUGGUUUGUGAAGAAGAUGGGUGAAGGGAGAGACUCUCAUAGGUGUUGGGAAGAAGUGGAGCGUGAGGCUGAGCAUUUUGUGCAUGUUACUCAGCCGCUGGUUCAAGAAGCUGCAGUGGCUCUCACUCACUAAAGCUGCAGUUGUUCAAUGGUUUGUGUUUGUAUGCUAUAUAAUGUAAUGAUUAUUAUGAUGAUGCUGAAAAGAUCUUAGGCUGAUGUGUAUGUAUUGGUAGUCCCACAGCUUUGUUUUUUUUUUUGGGUCAGGUUUGUGGCAGUGUACUCCUAAUGUAUGCUUAACAUAUGUAUGUACCUUCUCCUUUUUGUUCUUAUAGUGAUGUUGUUUAUUA